CUUAUGUGGAGGCAGAGCGCUGGAUUAACUUCCUGGGGUUCAUCUCUGCAACUGGAUUGGUUGGACUCCUGUUUUAUGGAUUUCUCAACGAAGCAUGUAUAUUUAUACUGGUGAACAGCACACAAUGUCUCGUGGACAGAACUGGCGAGAGGUUUGGAGAUAUUGUGAGUGUAGCGGAGAUGAGUAUGAAGUUGGGACCUCCCUGGUUACGCCCUCAUGCUGGGAAAUACAAAUUCAUGGUCGAGUUUGCCUUAUUACUAAACCAUUUCCUGUUUUUGGCGGGUAUGCUUUCCUUGAUGACCUUGUUUGCGCGGGACUUGUUGGUGGAGGCAUUGGAGAUUGAUGUACACGUGAUUAUGAUUAUAAUAUCGGUGCUAUUAAUACCGGUGUAUCUGGUGAGGAGAAUGAGGCUACUAACCACCCUGGCUACUCUAGCGAACUUCGUCCUGCUUGGAAUAGUGGCGAUAUCAUUCCAAUACAUAUGCCAUGAUCUACCAGAUGUUAACACAAGAAUAGCUGCUAAAUCUCCGAAUUAUUUAACAUUCACAACAUUCGCGAACGACGUCAUGUUCACACUGGAUGGAAUUGGGGUGGUGUUACCAGUACGUAACAGGAUGAGGACAACCAAACACUUUGACGGCUGGAACGGAGUGCUGGGUGUAGCUUUGAUGUUUGUCACAUGUUUCCAUGCCGCGUGUGGUUUUUACGGAUAUCUGAAAUUUGGAGAAAUGACACGCGUGAUGUAUCUACUCGACCUUCCAGCCAAUAACUGGUUGUACAAAUCGCUGAGGAUUCUAUUCUUCCUGACCCUGUACUGUACUACAGGUGUUGUGGUAUUCGUUCCUGUUGAUAUCAGUUGGCGGAGGAUACAAAGUAAAAUCACCUCGGCGAGGAUACGAAACUACGGAGAAUAUCUUUUCCGUUUCAUCUUGCUGGUUGCUGUCUGCACCUUCACCCUGUUGGUUCCGGAAUUUGAGUUGUUGAUGUCAUUCACAGGCUGUCUCUGGACGUACAUCGGGACAAUAAUCGUUCCCGCAAGUGUCAAAAUCAUGCUUUUAUAUGACGAGAUGAAACCCACUACGUUAUUAGGAACAGUACAGAGAUUUGCUACUCUCACGAUAUGUUACUGUCUAUUGAUAUUUGGGAUAUACUCGACUGUAUCAGGCAUUGGUGUUACAUUAUAUAUGACCUUAAUGAAUAUCGUUGUUUGAUCGUUUAUAUCGUCCCUUUAAAAUAUUGAGAUGUGUUUGAUAUCGCAACAGAUUAGAUACAAGAAAAUCUCUUAAUCGAUAACUGAUUAUACAACACAUAAGUAUUUGUCUUCGUUAUUUUCUAAUGAAAAAACACCUCCUCUUUAGGAUGCCUCGUGUGAAAACAUAGUUCUCUCACAGAUGUUCACAUUUAAACAGAUGUUUUUUGAGUUAACGAAUUUGGAUAAUUUUACCGUUUACUCCUUUGUUUAUUUAUUCCGUCUUUUCGUAUUGCAGAGUUAUCUGCUCU